AUGACAGUCGACCCAGCUGUGGAGGAUUACAUCAACAGGUCACUGGGAAUCAACAUUGUGGAUGACGUUCUGACAAGUUCACACUCCCCAGUGUUCAGCUCUCGCUCCUUCUUCCAGUACAGCAUCCUGAAAGAGUUGCUCCUGCAGGAUGACUUCAAGGCUUUGGUCAAGUACUGUGAUCUCUUGAACGUUCUCUCCAAACUUGGACUGAUGGAAUACUAUCCCAGCAAACUCACUCUGAGGACUCUCCUGGAGAUCAUGAACAGCAGCAUUCAUCAGAAUGAUGUUCCAACAUGGAAUCAAAUUCCAUUUCACUUUCUCACAACACUUUUCAAACUCAAUGCUGAAUGCAGGCGCUGCAUGUCAGUCCCAGCAGACGACGAUGUUCAUCCUCUGGACCUCACAGUUGCUCUGUUCCUCUGUGCUGACAGCUGUUUGCAGCAGGAAAUGGCCCUCAGAAUGUCAAUGUGUCAGUUUCCUCUUCCUCUCUUGUUACCACCCACUGAGAACAGCCAGUGCACACUCAUGCUUUGGGCUCUGAGAGGAAUCAUAAAAGAGUGGCAGCCACAUGGUUUGUCAGAGUCAAGAGGGUUCAAGGAGAACUACAUCGUCCAGGAAGGAAUUCCUCUCAUUUCCUUUGUGAGGCUGAAAAACUGCUCCUUAUCCAAAUCUCAGAUUUUAAAUCAAGUCCUGAGUCGUGGCCAGCAGAAUCACAACAUGUUCAUCCACAGAGAGAUGAAGGGAGGAGCCCGUCAGAGGAAAAUAUCUGCUGGUCUGGUUGAGGUUGGUUGGUUCCUCCCCAGUGGAAGAGAAAAUCUUGAUGUUUUCUCCAAUCCAGUUGCAUUUGCAAACCUGCGAGGAGACAUCUCAGAGUCCCAAACACAAUUCACUUUCCUCAUGGAGGUGUCCACUGCUGUGUUUGUUUUCCUGGACAGAAUGGAAGAGGCUGAAAACCAAACUCUCAGAUCAGUGGGAAAUCUAAAAUCCAAAAUGUUCCUCGUGGUGAAUCGCACUAACAGUCGUGAAAACAAAAAGUCAGUCAAGAACACUAUGGAAGAACUGGAAUUGUCAAAAAACAACGUCUUAAUUAAAGAUUCUGGAGUUAACACAGUUGAGUUCUCAGAUGAACUCUGUUCCACCAUCAAAACUUUGCUUUCUGAGGUGAACCACACCAUCAGUCUUGAGAACAUGCGUGACACUGCCGUUAGCUUAGGUCUGUCUGUGGAUGAAAAACAAACUAUUGACCAAAAAGACACAGCAGAGAAGAUCUUUGGUGACGUUCGAAGUAUUCCAGAGUUCAAGAAUCAACAACUUCCUCUUCAAGGAAAAGAGUGGAAAUCACUCGCUCGAUUAGAAAGAGAGGAAUGUCGCAUCAAAGUUAAAGCUGAUGUUGGAAUUGAACAUCAUAAAUCUAAGAUCAGAGCAGAAAAACAGAAGCUGCAGAAAGCACAAGCAAGAAAAAAGCUCUCCAGUGGAGUCACCAUGUUCAUUGAAACAUUAUUAUCCAGUGAUAAAGAACAAAGAGACUGUUUUCUGAGAUGGAUGCAGUUCUUGUUCAACACUCAUUCACUACACGUGCUAACUGAGCUACGGCAACAGUUCAAAGAGCAACGCAACAGAAAAGAUGCAGCAGUUGUUGCAGAGCUGGAUCAGAAGUUAGUUGACAGUUCAUUGGGACUGGAGCAUUACAUGAGAGAAAUGGGGCUGAUUUUUGAGUUCUCCUCGCCUCUCCAAAACCUUGAGAAGCUUCCAGGCCUGGCUGCAGACCUGCUGCUGGAUGGUUAUCCAUUAGAGCUCCUGGAUGGAGAAGCCUCCAACAUCCCUCAGAGAUGGAUCUCACAUGUGCUGAUGGAACUGCACCAGAAGGUUGGAGGGAGAAGCCGACUGUUGGUGCUGACUGUGUUGGGAGUUCAAAGUUCAGGGAAGUCCACACUUCUGAACACCAUGUUUGGAGUUAGAUUUCCUGUCAGCAGUGGGCGCUGCACCAGAGGAGCCUACAUGCUCUUUCUGAAGGUUGGAGAGGACAUGCAAUGUGGCUUUGACUUCAUCCUUCUUAUCGACACAGAGGGUCUGAAAUCUCCUGAGUUAGCUCAGCUUGAUGACAGUUAUGAGCACGACAACCAACUGGCAACCUUUGUCAUCGGCCUGAGUGACAUCACCAUCAUCAACAUUGCCAUGGAGAACGCUACUGAGAUGAAAGACAUUCUGCAGAUCGCUGUUCACGCCUUCUUGAGGAUGAAACAUAUUGGAAAAAAGCCCAUUUGUCAUUUUGUGCACCAGAAUGUAGCAGGUGUUUCAGCUCAUGGAAAGAACACAGAUGGAAAAAAACGUUUGUUGGAUCAUCUGAAUGAAAUGACUCAGCUUGCUGCUGAAAUGGAGAAGAAGCCUUCUGUUCAGGCCUUCACUGAUGUGCUGGAUUACAACGUGGACACCAACAACUGGUACAUCCCAGGACUCUGGCAUGGAACCCCACCAAUGGCACCUGUCAACACAGGUUACAGUGAAACUGUGGCAGAUUUCAAGAACAAGCUUCUGGAGAGUGUUAAACACAACCAGGACAGAGAACUCUCAACAAUCCCAGAGUUCAUUGAAUGGAUCACAAGUCUGUGGAGAGCAGUGAAAUAUGAAGACUUCAUCUUCAGCUUCAGAAACACCCUGGUGGCUCAGGCCUAUGACGACCUGUCUAAAGAGUUCAGCCAGUGGGAAUGGGAGUUCAGGAAAGAGAUUCUCUCCCAGAGUGGAGAGGCAGAGUUAGAAAUCCAAAAUGCUGAUCAUGACUCAGACUUGUCUGCUUUAGUGAGGUCAAAGAAAUCAGAGCUCAUCGACAGCAUUAAAUCACAAGAGACCAAGAUGAGAGAGAAGCUAAAUGGCUACUACAAAAGAAAAGACCGACGUGUGAAACUGAUUGAAAAAUACAAGUCUGACUUCUCGAACAGCAUCACAAGUCUUUCAAAUGAGAUCAAGUCUGAAGUUAACACAAACCUAGACUCUGCACUGGAGCGGAAGAAGGCAUCCAUUAAAGUUCAAAACAUUCAGGGUGAAUCCAGGAAGAUGAUGGAGCAGGAGGUGAUGAAGCUUCUGUCAGACGUUCGUAAUCACACAAUGUCUGAUGAAGAAGUGAGGACUGAGUUUGAUAAAAUGUGGACUUCAGCAACUGAAAAUGUGCCUCAACAGAAGGAAAGGAACAUUUCUGAUCAUGUUCUUUACCAACUGAAGGAAAAUCUUUCACAUCAGAAUGUGAAUGAACUAUUCUUUCAUGUUGGAGAUCUGAGUCAACAUGGUCGAGGCCAGUUCCAGGUCAGAAUGGAGCACGCAGGCUCAUACUGGAAGAAAUUUAAAAUGAUUGCGAGCGAUAAGCCCCGGGUGUUUACAAAUAAGGUGAUUGAGCGUUCAGAAAAGUUCAUUGCUGAUAAAUCCCAAACAAAUCAGGACUACAGUGAUUUAUUCAUCAGAGAGCUGCUGCAGGAAGUUGAUCAAUCUCUUGAAGUGAGUUACAAACGUCACAAGACAAACAAACAGUUUGGAUUUGAGCUGAAACUUCAUAUUUGUGGAAUCGCUGCGAGGAAGUUCCAACAGAUGCACAAGAGAUUCUUGUCCGAUACUGAUCCAAGAUUGCAGCUGGAAAAGCAGAAGGAGCAGUGGUUUCAGGACUUCCUGGACUUGUACAGAGAGAGGGACGACUGCCAGCGCAAAGCAGAGUACUUUGUCACCCUUUGUAUCAAACCAGCUGUGGAGGAUUACAUCAACAGGUCACUGGGAAUCAACAUUGUGGAUGAGGUUCUGACAAGUUCACACUCCGCAGUGUUCAGCUCUCGCUCCUUCUUCCAGUACAGCAUCCUGAAAGAGUUGCUCCUGCAGGAUGACUUCAAGGCUUUGGUCAACUCAGAAGAGACCAAACACGAGUUUGUCCCUUACACACAAUAUGCAGAGUAUUAUCCAGACUGGAACAUCCCACCAGAUGCCAGCAUACAAGCAUCUGACUAUUGGAAGCAUCUUCUUGUCAAAUACAACCAACAACUGGCUCAAGAGUUCAAAGCCAAACCAGCCAAGAUUCCAAAACUCUGGAAAGAAAUCACAGAGGAAAAAGCUCUGAAGGGCCUGAGAGAGGCCUUCAACAUCUGUGAACAAGACUCUUAG